AUGGCCUGUUCACCUCAGCCCCUCCCCAGCCUGUCCCAGGCCCUGCUGAGGGGUCCCCUGGAGGGGGAGAGCCCAGGACAUCCGGCCCAGCGGGGACAUCCCUCAGUCCUGCUGCUGCUGGGGAGACAGGCCGCACAACUGACCCUGAACAUCACCACGACAAGCACAAGUGCUAGCUUUCACAAAGUAACGCUGUCAUCGGAGACGGUUCCUAGGAAGUUCCCCUCCCCUCACGUCACCGUGGAUAAUGUAUCUUCCAAGGAGACAAGUUCUGGGUGGUCUGCUAAUGCCACUCAGUUCACAUUAAAAACAGAGUCUGCUGGAAGUCAAGCUAGCCUUCAAGAGUAUGCGACAGGCCUGGGAAACAGCAAGCACCACACGUCAGGUGUCACCCCGGUGGAGGAGAGCCAUCUCAGACUGGUGGAGGAGAGCCAUCUCAGCUCGGUGGAGGAGAGCCAUCUCAGACUGGUGGAGGAGAGCCAUCUCAGCUCGGUGGAGGAGAGCCAUCUCAGCCUGGUGGAGGAGAGCCAUCUCAGCCCGGUGGAGGAGAGCCAUCUCAGCCCGGUGGAGGAGAGCCAUCUCAGCCCGGUGGAGGAGAGCCAUCUCAGCCCGGUGGAGGAGAGCCAUCCCAGCCCGGUGGAGGAGAGCCAUCUCAGCCCGGUGGAGGAGAGCCAUCCCAGCCCGGUGGAGGAGAGCCAUCUCAGCCUGUCACAGACAGAGUCUAGCAGCGGGAGCGAGCGUCUUUAUUAUUCCGACACAGAUGAACAAACCAAGAUACCUCUGAAAAAGUCCCCUGGGAGAGAUUCUGGAGAGGAUGUUGCUGUUUAUAAGGAUGCCGGUGAUGACGACACAGCAGACCCCCUUCAGUUCACGACCGUGACCACCACGACGGUGGCUUUGACCACAACCCCACCCACCACGCUUCCGACCACAACCACCACCACCCAGCCAACCACCACCCAGCCAACCACCACUACCCGGAAAACCACAACAACCACCACCCUGGCUCCAGUCACGAGGGGCACGGUCACUCCUCCGAGCCCCAGGACGAGCCCUCCACGAGGGGCUACUGUCGGCCUGGCUUCCCCCUUCACCACCACCACCACGGAGCCACCGCCGCGGCAGUGCAACAUCACAGAGAGGAUGUGGCUGAAAACUGUUGUGUCCAUCCACGUCAGGAGGAACCGUCUGGACAGCAUCCAGAGGCAGAACCUGCGUCGUGGGCUCAGCCAGGCGCUGCGGAGAGCCCUGAAUGACAGCACGGCCCAGGCCCAGCUGGAGACGGUCUUCGGCUCCCCCAACAUGACGGUGGUGUAUCAUGUGAUCGGGGCGGGCCUCGUCUACCACCCCUCCGUCGUCAUGGAGGCGCUGGGGUCCUACGGCCGUGAUAGGCUGAUCGCUGACCUGCGCCACUUCCUCCCCAUGGUAACGGCGCUGCCCAGCCCCGUGUCGCUAUGGAGACCUGGUCCAGCCAUAGGUCUUCUACUCCAGACAGUUCUGAGGUUCGUGGGCGCGGGGGAUGACCCGCGUUCGUGCCGGUUCUCCCAGAUGAUGGAACAGAGGCUGGAGAACGUGUUCUCUGAGGCCCAGGCCAAGGUUCUGGACGCCCACAACAGACUCCCUGUCCAGGUUCUGAGUGUGUCCCAGGUUCCCGGUUCUCCGGCGGUUUCUCUGGUGUACGCCGUGAGGAACGGCAGUGUCCUCCUGAACGGCACGGCCGCCGCCAGCCUGCUGGUGCAGCUGAGCGCCGAGCUGGUGGGCUACUUCCUAUUCUACCCUCCGCUCACCAUCGCAGAGCCUUUGGAGUACCACAACCUGAACACCUCCACAUCCACUAGAGACUUCUGGGUAAUCACAGUGAUCCAGGAUGGGUCUAAUUCCUCCCUGGGGCUCCAGUACCAGAGCUUUGCCAGCCUGAUGGAGCAGAGGCUGGCUGAGCUGUUUGUGUUGGCCGGGCAGCAGGGCACACGCCUGCGGAGGGCCACCACCAUGGAGCGCUACACCGUCCAGAUGGUGGGGAUCCGGUGGGUGUCAGGGGCCAGGAACCCUGUGGAGAUGACCUACUACGUCCAGGAGAACGGGGUCCCGCUAGCCGGCACCACCGCCGCCAAGAUGCUAAACACAGUGGACUCCCAGACAAUGGCUCUCACCCUGGGUUACUUCAUCCUGCUGCAGGCAGACCCUGUGGUCAAGAACCCUCCUAACAACCUGUGGAUCAUCGCCGCGGUGAUGGCGCCCAUCGGCGUGGUAACGCUCAUCAUCCUCAUCAUCACCGCUGUGCUGUGCAGGAAGAACAAGAGUGACUUCAAGGCCGACGCCGUUGGCAACCUUAACCCCCGAGCUAAGACGGUGUAUCGCAGGGAUGUGGGCUACUAUCACCAGCCAGUCCAGGGGUUUGACUAUGCCAAGCAGCACCUGGGCCAGCAGGGUGGUGAUGACGAGGCCUCCUCAGCCGGAGGGGACACCCUGGCUCUCGCCCUGCCCCUCCGCGACGCCCCCCUCACCCUGGAUAAGACCCUCCAUCAGGAGGGCUCCAGGAGCAGGAAGACGCUCACCUCCGGCCUGCGCAAGAGGUAG